AUAAACAAAAUCUGUCAAACUCGUACAAAUAUUAUAUUUCAUUUUUAUAGGCAUUUUUUUACAAAUCUCCAAUAACUUGUGAAUAAUUCAGAAAGACUUCUUGAAAAUGCCCCCUAAAAAAUCUCGCAAAUCUCGACAGAAUUCUGUGGCAGAUUUAAGUGAUGUAAGGAUUGAAAAGAAAUCCAUUGUUCCUAAUCCCAUUCAAGAAUCAUCCAAGAAAUCUUUGGAAAUUGAAGAGAAGUCUCUAGGAGCUAAAAGUAGCAAGCAAUGCAAUGAAAAUGGGAGCGAGAGAGACAAAGAAACUAAGUCUUCCUAUAAGAUUGUAGAGGUCCUAUCACGCACUUCCUUGCUUAUUUUAGAAUACCACCAAUACAAAGCCGCUCGCUGCAUACAACGUUUUGUGCGUGGCUGGCUGGCCCGUAUUUUAUACCGACGUAAAAAAUGGGCUUCCAUCAUUAUACAAACGGAAUGGCGUCGUUUUCAUGCCCGCCGUUUAUAUUAUCGCAAAUUGGAAGCUGUUUUACAACAACGCUUGGAGGAACAUUACUUUAAAUCGGCUCAAAAAAUACAGGCCAUAUGGCGAGGUUGGUGGGUUAGGGAACAUGUUUACAAUCAAAAGCAUUUGUUGCGUUUGCAAAUCAUGGCUGGAGAGGAUUUAUUGCAUUGUGUGGCCUUCAAAUUGCAUUAUUUGCUGAGAACCUACCAAAUACCGGGGGUGUUCUCUUUAAGGAAUUCAAAAGCCUUGUCCAAAGUCGAAGCUCUUUUAGCCUCAAUGAGAUUUAAAAAACACAAUGAUUGUCAGCAUGAGACUAAUGCUCAUGCUGUUCCCCAAACUCAAAAGAAUUCUUUACACAGUACACGUUUAAAGUUCCAAAAUGACUGUAUGGCCAAGUGUCUGUCUUUGUAUAGCGAAAAACAAGCUGAUCGUAAAAUGAAUAAAAUUUUAAACAUGUAUCAAGAGGCUAAUGGUGCAUAUUCCGGUCUUAAGAUGCAAAAGCCUAGAUCAAAAUGUACUCUGCAAAAAUCGGAAAAUUUUAAAUCUCCCUCCACCACAUUUUGCGGUGAAAUUGUGAGCAGCAUGAAAAAAUGGAAAGUCAUGGAUGAAAAUAAACUUCAACUGGAUCCCAAAGUAUUUCAACAACCAGAAAUAUUAGAAAAUUUUCUUAAAGAAAUUGAAUCAUGGUGGAAUCGUUUACAGGAUAAUUAUCAAUGAGCUCAGAACUUUGAAGGAAGACGAAUCGGAACAAACAAAUCUGCAAGGUACAUAGAGAACAAAGAGAAUUUGUAAAUUUAUUACAAUUGUUUGUGACAUUUCCAUAUAUAUUUUGUUGAAAUAAACUAUGUUUGUACAUGAUCAUACAA